AUGUCGAAAGGGAUUGUAUUGCAUGGCCGACAAAUUGCUCAAGCUAUCGGCCAAAAAAUCAGAUCAGAUGUUGCUCAUUUAAAGGAGAAUUUCGGUAUCGCUCCCAAGUUAGUUGUCAUUGAAAUUGGUGAUUUACCACAGUCAAAAUUGUACAUUGAACAAAAGUAUAAAUUCGCUAGCAAAUAUGAUAUAAUUCUAUCUCAUAUGCAAUUUCCAUCACAUAUAUCUGAGUCAAAGGUUUUAGAUUAUAUCAACAAGCUGAAUACUGAUUCAUCUGUUCAUGGUAUUACUUUACAAUUACCUUUUGAUUCAUUUAUGAAUAUCAAUGUUUCCAAUUCGCUGAAUGCAGUUGUUACUCACAAAGAUGUUGAAGGUUUAAACUCGUACAAUACAGCUUUAUUAAGUCGUGGAGAUGUCAUCUGUCCUCAUUGUGAGGGUUUAAAACAACCAAACAUCCAUAUACCGUGUACAGCAGCUGCAUGUUAUGCAUUAAUUCGACAUGUAAAUUUUCCUAUAAUUGGUUCACGUUGUGUAAUUGUUGGUCGUGGUCGUCUUGUUGGUGCACCUACAGCGGAACUAUUAUCAGGAUCGUGUGGAGCAACAAUUACUCAGUGUCAUUUACAUUCAAAUAAUAUAAAUGAAGAGGUUAUUCGUGGUGAUAUUGUAAUUUCAGCAGUUGGGCAUCCAGGAUUAAUUAAAGGUGAAUGGAUUAAACCUGGUGCAUUAGUAAUUGACUGUGGCUAUUCGGUGAUAAGUGAUCCUCAAAAUAUGAAUAAACCACGAUGUAUUGGUGAUGUAGACUUCGCAUCAGCUUUAGAAAAGGCUAAAUGGAUCACACCAGUACCUGGGGGUGUUGGUCCAGUGUCAAUUGCUAUGUUAUUUCGUAAUACAGUGAACAGUGCUAAAUGGUCUGUAGGCUUAACUAAUUCCUGUUGUACAUGUUCUACUGAUGUAGACGUUUUAUCUAAAGAAUAUAUUGAUAAGAAAAUGUCUGGUUAA